AUGGACGACGACGAGGAAUCUAGCGAAAUGACACCUGAUGAAGCACUUGAUUUUUUAAGAGCUCCGGAAGCAAUCAUGGAACCAAACAUUGUGGAGGUGUUACGCAUUUAUCUAGAGGAAGGGUGCGGUUGCACAGAAACUGCAAUUGAAGCAGUAGUGAUGGGAUACAGGGCUUAUGCUCAGUCUGUAAACAUGAUGUCGGACUGGCUGUUCGCAUUAGGUGAUGUGCCGCCGGAGGAGCCGGAACCAGUGAUCCAACCGAAAAAGACAAAAAGAGGUCGGCGUGGAGCGAAACAGGCUGCAGCGAAGAAAGCCGAAGAAGAGAAGAAGGUAGAAGAAGAAGAGAAAGCAAAAGAGGCGGAAACACCGAAAAGUCCAACGAAAAAACACGAGACAGAAAAGAAAUUGGAGCCGUUCUAUGGACGACUAGAAGCUGUGAAGAGCGUAGAAAAUACACUAGCAACACUCAUUGCGAAACAUUUCUCACCAGACAUCGCUGAUACGAUCUUUGAGGAUGGAGGAGUUAUCGAAUGGCUACCAGAGCUGAUUAGUCACAGACGAUGGCGAACCCUUCUAUAUGAACUAAUGGAUCAAUUUCCUAAUUGCCUCAUGCUUAACUUCGCUGUCAAACUCAUUUCCGAUGCUGGCUUCCAGACUGAGAUUAGUACAGUUAGUUCUGCAGCACAACAGCUGGAUAUAUUCUCGAGAGUACUUUUGACGUCUAUCGAUACUGUAUUGGUAGAACAUCGUAAAGGAUGCUUAACUGCCGCAUACGAGAAGGCUUUCGGAGAGCUGGCUCGAGUUGUAUGCCAAGCCGAACAUACGUACGUCUAUACUAUGGCCUUAUUGAAAGCGGUGGGCUCUAGCCAAGGUGGUCGGAUUUCAGCCGCGUGCGAACAAAUGGCUGAAGCUCUUAGAGCCGAAAUGGAAGGACGUGAACAUGAAACGACUGCGCUGCGGACAGCACUUGCACAGACAACUGAUGAUCAGGUGGCGUCACAUUUUACGCAUGCAUUGCUAAAUAUGGUCAGUCGAGGUGAACUGAAUCCAGCAGACGUGACGAUCAUAUAUGAUCAAUACAUACUUCCGUUGCCUCCACCUAUCUCAAUCAUUCGUGAUCCGAUAUUUAUUGAAUUACUGCUGGACUCAUUGUUUCACUAUCAAGGACCAAAGACUAUACCAGAACAUCGUUUCAAGUAUAUUUUCCUACUAGCAUGUGCUGCAUCGGUUUCGGAGACAAGAAGUAGUAGUGGAAGAAGAACGCAGUCAAGAUUGGAGCUAGACAACUGUCGCCAAUGUCUGGAUGAUACAGUGAGUUUGCUGGAAGGUAUGGAUGAUCUUCUAGCCGAACUCAACGACUUACUUCAUGCGAUAAAGAUGCCUGUUGUGGCUGCUGGUGUUCUGUACUAUGUCCAGACAUUGUUAUUGUCGGAAGAAAAAACGGGUGAUCCACCAGGAGCAGCUCUAUGUCUUCUGGAUCAUAUCUCGACGUUACAUCCAAACCUACAUGCCAAAGCUUUUGAUGUCUGCUGUCAACUCUAUGAAAAGAUCGCCGGUGAAAAUGAGGCGGCAGAGGUGAUUAUGGAGCGACAACGAUUAGUUGUGGAUCGAUUAGUACAUCUUUUGUCGGUUGGCGGAGCGAUCCCAGUAUUGGAAAAAGUUUGGGAAAUGUUCCGUGAUGGUCAGAUUGACGCCUCAUUAGUUCGGUAUUUUGCCAUGGAGGUGCUGGAAAUCAUAGCGCCACCGUUUUCCGAUGAUCUCAUAACAUUAUUUCUGCCACUUGUUAGUGAUGAAGAAAUUUUUGAUAAGGUUGCUCAGGAAAGGUUUCCUGCCGCUGGCGAAUUUAUCCGACACUGCCGGGAACUGAUGCCAUCCUCGUCCGCUGUAGCAUAG